UGACUAUGUUUACAGUUUUCCCGAGGACUUGUCUGUGCCGCUGUGUUUACUUUCUCUCAUCGUUAAGCGUUUAGUAUCAUUUAAACUAUCGUUAAGUGAUCAUAUCCUAUCAUCUGGACUCUUAUAUGCUAAUACGGUUGGUAGAACAGCUAGCACGUAUAUUUUUUCACGACAAGUAAAGAAAAUGUUUUCAAAGAUUUUGAGGACAUCGAAUAAAUCCUUAAGAGUCUUGCAGGAUGGCUCUGCAUGUAUUGUUAGUGUAAGGAAUCAAAGUCUUUGGACACAGGAUGGAAUCAUUAAAUCUCCAUACAAACCUAUUGAGAUUCCAAAUAACACGUUGUACCACUAUGUGUGGCAUAAUUUGGACAAAUGGCCCGAAAGAACUAUGGCGGUUUGUGCAGAAACUGGCAGAGGAUACACAUACGAGCAAGCGUUUAAAUUAUCUCACACAUUUGCAGCGAAUCUUCGUAAAAAGUUAAAAAUACGAGAUGGCGAUACUGUGAUGAUAAUGUUACCAAAUGUGCCAGAUUUUCCUUUGGUUGCGAUGGGUAUUUUAGAGGCCGGUGGAGUUAUAAGUACGAUAAAUCCCGUUUACAAGCCACACGAGGUCCAACGACAAUUACUUAUGUCGGAUGCCAAGGUUAUAGUCACGUUACCAAGCCUUAUUGAAGUUGUUAAGCAAGCUUUAAAACUAGCAAAAGUGGACAUCCCCAUAAUAGUCGUCAAAACUAAUGGAGAGCCAAUCCCUGAAGGAACGAUUGCGUUCAAUGAACUCAGCGAGGAUGUUUAUGUAGAUUUAUCAUGUUUAAAAGAAGUGAGAAGAGAUAGCAAGGAUAUUUGCUUUUUACCGUAUUCAAGUGGUACUACAGGACUGCCAAAAGGAGUAGAAUUAACACAUAGGAAUAUCGUGGUAAACUGUGAACAGUUUAAUGAACCAAAAAUAAGAUGUCAUGAGGAUACUACAGAUACACAUCAAGACGUCGUGCUGGCAGUACUUCCCUUCUUCCACAUCUAUGCAGCCACAGCGAUCAUGUUUCAUAAGAUGAGCCAGGGCAUUAAGCUGGUGACGCUGGCGAAGUUCCAGCCCGAGGUAUUUCUUCACACGCUGGAGAAUCAUAAGGUUAACUGGUUGUUCGUUGCGCCACCAUUGGUAUUGCUCAUGACAAACCAUCCCCUGGCCUCUUCUAACACGUAUCGGUAUAUCGAUAACGUCAUUAAUGGCGCUGCAGGAAUGGCUGCAAGUGAUGUUGAAAGAUUCCUUAGUAAAGUACAGCGCCAGAUCCGGUACAAUCAAGGAUACGGUCUCACAGAGACUUCUCCAGUAAUAGCUUUGGGUCACAAAGAUAUUGAAGAUUACGGCGUCGUUGGUAACGCGGUACCUAAUACUGAAAUGAUGGUUGUUGAUGCGGAACUCAGAAGCUUAGGGCCUAAUCAGUUGGGUGAACUAUUAGUUAGAGGACCACAAGUUAUGAAAGGUUAUAGGAACAACCCCGAGGCCAACGCCGAUGUGUUCACAGGUGACGGUUGGUUCAGAACCGGAGACUUAGCGAUGGUUGACGAAAAUGGAGUGCUCAAAGUUUGUGAUCGAUUAAAGGAACUGAUUAAGGUCAAAGGGUUUCAAGUACCUCCAGCAGAGUUAGAAGCUCUGCUCCGAGACCAUCCAGCUGUCAGCGAUGCAGCAGUCGUCGGUGUACCUCACGCAACGAAAGGGGAGUCACCUAAAGCCUUUGUCGCUCUAAAACCUGGAAAAAACGCAAGUGCCAAAGAUCUCUGUGGCUUCGUAGCCGAUAAAGUAGCUUCAUAUAAGAGGAUAGACGACGUUUUGUUUAUCGAUAGCAUACCGAGAUCAGCUGCGGGGAAAAUCCUGAGAAAAGAUUUGAAAGCCAAGUACUGUUAA